CCAACGAUCCAGCUCCAAGUGUAAACAAUGGAAGAGAUUAAUAACGUUGACGUCACUCCGUGCACAGAGUCCGAUUAUCUGAAACCGCUCCGGGUGCACUAUAACCAGAAUGGCACCAAGAAAUCCUGGGACUUCAUGCGAACCCACGAUAGUGUGUCAGUGUUGAUCUUCAACACCAGCUCACACUGUUUUGUCCUCGUCAAGCAGUUCCGCCCAGCUGUGUACAUGUGCGAGUGGGAAAGGACCAAGACGCAGCCGCCUCAGUCGCCUGAAAACACCGAGGAGGGCGUCUCCGAAGCCACCGAACCCGCUGCUGCCGAGUCCCAGGAGGGCCCGUCGGCGGUAGAGGGGGAGGGCUCUUCUGAGCGGCCCCCGGCCUCAGCGGGGGUCACCUACGAGCUCUGCGCCGGACUGGUGGACAAACCCAAUCUGUCUCUGGAGGAGAUCGCCCGGCAGGAGGUGCUGGAGGAGUGUGGCUACGAUGUGCCGGCCUCUAAACUGAAGAGGAUUACUUCUUACAGGUCUGGCGUCGGUGUAACGGGCGCCAAGCAGACGAUGUUUUACGCCGAGGUGUCUGAUGACAACUGCGUGAGUGCAGGUGGAGGUGAGCCGCGGGAGGGCGAGCUUAUCGAGGUGGUCAAAGUCCCGCUGCACGAGGCCAUGACGUUUGCCUAUGACGAGCGUAUACCCAAAACCAUGGGCAUAAUUUUUAGUUUCAUCUGGUUCCAUAAUAACAUGUCUCCCAAGUACAAGAUCUCCACCAAUGUGUAACGAACCAACUGUCUCCAUACCGUUAAUUCCAAAUUAAAUCAAACACUGGCCCAGCACAUCCGCCCUCUCCCUCAUGGCUCUUCAUCCUGUCUUGCCUUUUUGCUUAUUGGUACAUGAUGAAAGGUGGGCCCCUGGUCUUGUUGCCAACAGGUAUCUUUAAAUUUUGUCAUGUUUACCUUUCUAAGUUUCAUGUGGUCUUAAUAUUUUCCCUCAAAAAAAAUUUGCCAUAGCUGGUUGUCACUGGCACAUUUGUGUCUCUUCUUGAUGAUUUUUGUCAUGUGUUAAUCUUUUAAUUGACUGUGCCAUCUGUUUAUAAAUGGCUGCAUAUCACUGAUUUCAUUUGCCUGCCCUUGAUUAAAGGAACACUCCACUGCUCUUAGUGUAGGUUCCUGAAUGUUACCUGCAUUUAUAAACGUCAUAUACAUACACCUGAUAUUGGUGAUACAAAUAAAGCCAUUCGCCAUUCUGCUUGCAGUCAAAUAAACAAACUUGUCAAACACGUUUCAAGCAUUCCUACAACUCCCAGCAUUCAUUGCAAACUCGGUGAUGCUCACCAGCCAUGUGGCCCUGGUCAACCACAGUUUGCUAACUUUAGCACGUUGAUAUCUUCAUUGGAGUCGAUGCAAACAGCCUGACAAAGUGUGCAGGGGGGACUUUGCAUAUUAAUAUUAAAAUACACAUUGUAUGAACAAUAACUACUUUUUGUACUGGUCAUUCCAUGAACCAAUAAAGAUACAGAUAAGGUAACGAAGCUCAACCAAAUAGUGGAGUAUUCCUUUAAUCUAUGAUCCAGUAAUGCAAAAAACUAUGCUAGUCAAUGGUGGGGCCUUGUAACGAUUGAGGUGUUCGGUGUGUUUUUACCACCACUUGUUCAAGCAUGCCUCUUUUCUCUGAUCCACAGCCUUUAAGCAAUACUUCUGACAGUACCCUGGGCUAAACAAUCACUCAAUGUCACUGGAAUCAACUAGAGGUUAGAGACCUUCAUUAAGUCAAAGUAGUCGACGUAUUGGCAGACUUUUUCUUCGACAAGCCAAGUGGAAAAUGGGAUUUAGGUAUUUUUCCACUUCAAAGAAAAAGCAUAAGCCCGCCUGCCUGCACCGAAGGCUUCGCCUCACUUUUAUGUGCCAUUGUUCUCAAGCACAAUCCUGCAAAGGGUUACCGAUAUUCGGACUGUAACAUGUGAAUAGUUUUAAUUUAGUUUUUUUCAGUUUUGAAGGAAUUUUUUUUGCUCUCCGGUGCAUCAUUUUUUACAAAUAGUUUCCAUUACAAUGUCAUUUCGAGAAAGUUCCUUUUAUAGCCGGCAUGUCGAGGUAACAUUUUGAACACAUUGUGUAGGCGCAUAUUUAAAAGAACUUAAACCCAUCAAUAAGAUUGGUCAUAAUUCAUUUCAGAGGUUCUGCGUUGUAAAUCUCGGACGGUCAUUAACACACAAACCUUACUUCACAAAGUGAAUCUCAACAGCAGUUUGCCAAAAUCUCAGGUCCAAAUAGUCAAACUUUUGGUCAUAUUCAGGGUGGCUCUCUGGAUGUGAUGACCAGCACGUUUCUAUAUUAAUAUUUCAAAUUUAUUUGUAGGCCAAAUGCAACAUAGUUCUUACUAUUCUUAGUAUACGUUAUUAUUUUUUCUUCAUUCUUAAAGGGCUGGUACUUCAUUUAUUAAUAAAUAUGUGAAAAGGAAGCAAUUCCCACACCUUGUAGUUUUCUUAAAAAUAUGCAAGUUCUGAAUCACCAUUUUUAGAAAAUAACCACUCUCAACAGAUAACACAUCUCAUUAUUUAUAUAUUAUUACUAUUAAUGACUAUCAAAAUAUAGUGAAAUUUUACGUUUAUUAAAAAAAUUAAAUAGAAAACAACUACAUGAAUAAUUUGGUUUGUUGACUACAACAUAAAAAUAAUGUAUGUUAGUUAUUUGUUCAACUGUAGUUCGAUGUUGAGAACACCUUGUAUAUAUAUAUUCCAACACAAACAACCAUAAUACAACUUCCUGUUGAUGUAUUUGUCUGAAGAAAUACUUUUUAUCCAGGAUUAAUUUACUUCCUCUGGCUUUUUUUAUUUUUUUUUAUCCUGAGAAAUAACUGACAAUCAAAUGUGAACAUUUGUCUACUUUUACCCAUAACACCUUGUGUUUUUUGGUCACUUGUCUUCAUGAGUGCGUUAGACGUGCUCCAGUGGUUCUCUUAGGAGAGGACUGACCGCCACUAUCAGGCCUCAACGCGACUUUAGCUCCUAAUUCAUUGUUUUUAUCGAACUGAAGAGAAUCAACCAAUCUCAACCAAACUAAACAUGUUUAACAUCCUGGAGUCAAAUAUAUACUCCCAGACUGUAUAGAAAUAUGUGAAGAACCCGUUAGCCAUAUCCAUCUCCCCGACACCCGGUCAUUGAGCUUCGGUAUCCGCCUUUCCGUCAAAGGUCAUUCCUUGAUGUAAGAUUGUAUAGUUUGCUGGAACUGCUUGAACACAUUUUAUUCUGUUAUCUUUCUUUGGGAGAAAGAUGUCUCAUUUUCUCAAAUGAUUCAUAUUCUCUCAAAUUAGCACCCGGACCUGAUGCCCAUCAUUAAUCAGAUUUUCUUUGUCUUUUUUGGUAACAAUCGUAAAUUUGGAUGAACGAUUUUGAGCGGAAACCAUCUACAGGAAAUAUCUACUAUAACACGUUUGGAAAAAUGUGUAUUGCACCUUUUUUAAAACCCAUGAAAUGACCAAUGGAUAACUUGUUAGUGCUACGUGUAGAGUUAAUUAAAACUAGACAUGUUUCCGUGAUCUUGAAGUUUUGCAUUGGAAGCUGUAUGGAAACGGCAAAGAUCAAUAAGACGUCCUCAAUUAUAGAAAUAACGUUUUAACUUCAAACGAAUGAUAAACGUUUUCUGCUGACUGCGUUUCCUCGAAUAUUCCCAUAACGCGCUGAGGCUCGUCUUCGUCCCCAGACAACAUGGAACUUGCCCAAUUGACACAAAUCCCUAAAGACCUCCUUCCUCUCGUAGAUGGUCAUGUGGCCGAGCCGGCUGGGUUUGUUUCCGGUUUGCAACCUCUACGGUUUUUUAUCCUAUUUACUGGCAGAUUAAAACAAAACACUUGACAAUCAACUUGUUAAUUGAAUGGAAACAUGGCUACUGUAACACUAACUGGGGUUUUAACCACACUUUACAUCAUGAUAACCAGCCAUCAUAAUAUCCUUAAAUAGUUAUUUACUUGGCACCAUAUCAUCAUCAGAUCCAUAACCUUCUUAUUUCCUCCAUAUUCUUCCAUGUGACCAACCUUUCUCUCAUCUUCAGUUGAACAGGUGGAUCUCAACACUUGUUGAGUUUAAUGGAGACCCUGAUGAAAGAUUCCCAAUGGUGCUCACAGAUUUCCAUCGUCCUGUUCUCGUCUGCUAUGAGAUGAACCUAUAGUGGCAAACAAUGAAGAUGGUGGUCACUUUUUGUCGCCCACAUUUUAAAUGGGUUAGCCAUAAUCAUUCCAAAAGUAAUACUCCUUUGUGUAUUUAACCCUUGUGUUGCCUUAGGGUCAUUUUGACCCGAAUCAAUAUUACACCCUCCCCCCGCCUUAGGAUUAAUUUGACCCCAUUCAAUGUUUAAUGUCGGUGUUCUUUCGGUAGUCAACAAACAAACAUAAAGUGCCUCACACUUAAACUUGGAAAACAAUAUUAAUUCUAAUAAUUUUCUGGAGGUUUUAAUUGCUGGCGUCAAAUUGAACCCAAAGGGUAAAAUAUGUUAGUAAAUAUAAAGGUAACAGGAGGGUGAAACAUUGAAUCGGGUCAAAAUGACCCAAAGGCGGGGGGAGGGUGUAAUAUUGAUUCGGGUCAAAAUGACCCUAAGGCAACACAAGGGUUAAAAAAAAAUCUCAGUUUGCUGUAAUUAGGCCAACUGCUUCUGAUCUGGCUUGAUGUAAACAAAGCCAUGUAGACGUGUGAGGCCAGUCGGUAACUCGAAUGUGGAGACCUGCCAUGUGACUUCUCUUUUGGCCAAACUAAUGUUUCUUUUUGAGGAAAGUUAGCGUGAGAACCUUCCCUCCAGCUAUCACCUGGAGGUUGAGUGCAUUUAGUGUACAUCGCGGGGGACAGACAGCCGCCUUAAAGAUUGACGAAUCACAAGUGGCAUCCACAAAAAUAGAUCGCCGCUGCAGGUGGCGACCGGCAUGGCGGCACUUUGGGUUCGGCUGGUUCAACCAACUUCUCUGUGGAGGCAGUUAAAUAUACAAUGGACAUUUAAAUGGAAGUGAGGCCUAUAUUUUAUUUUUGUUCAGCCUUCCACGUCAAAACUCGCAAAGCGGUCUGUUAUCAGACCCGCAGUCUAUUUUAUACUCUACCAUUUUUUUAUUAGUUUUAUAAGCUAUUCAGAUGCGACAGGCUAUGUUUUUAUAAUCUCAUUUAGUUUCACAAUUAUGCGUUAUUCUUUAUUUUUAUGAAAUGCAAACAAUUUAGGUUUUUUAAAAUUUCAUGUAAAGGUUGUUAAUGCUUGUGAUUGGCAGUGUUCUUGGAGAACUUGAAGGAAGCGUUUGACCUUUUAGAAAAUAUGCUUCUUUUUUUUGCUCAGAAAAUGAAGCUCCAGCCAGCAGCCGGCUAACGCUAAGCUAACCAACGACUGGCCGUAGCUUCGCGUUUACUUUUUACGGCCCGUGAGAGUGAUAUCGGCAUGAAACCGUAUCGCCCCAAAUGUCGAACUAUUCCUUGAAGUCUCCCACCGCGACAAUCCUGACCUUCCCCUCUACGACGAAAGUAAAGGCGCUUUUGACAGUCCAGAGUGAGGUUGCAGACGGUGCCAAUGGUUAAGCCAUACGCUACUUCUAUAAUAAAACACUAAUACAUGAGGUAGGUAAAUGGUUGUUUGAUUAAUCUUGCCUCUGCUGGAAACGAACCUUUAACCCAGCAUUUCUACCUCCAUCUCUCAGGCACAUAAGGAGAAUAUUUCGUGUCCGUUAGCUUUAUAAGGCGCUGACGUAUCCAAUGCUCAAUGUCAGAAACAGUCAGUGGUUCUGUGACAGAAUACUUAAUUCAUUGCUACCAGACUUUUAUAGCUGUACCCCCAUGGCUAUGCUGUAGUUGCUUCUUCAACUGUGAUCGUGUUUUCCUUUUUCUUCUGUUCAUGGUUUGUGCUCCGUUUGACGGCCACUUGCUGUAUUUUCAGUUCAACGUGAACCUGUUUUUAAAGGUGCAAUGUGUAGUAUUCUCUUAUUGCAGUUAAAUCGGACCUUAAAUCAAACAUUACCUCUGGUGUUCUACUCAACAAUACUUCAUUUGUUGGGAAAGUCACUUGAUUUUGGGGGAAGUUGAUGAUGUUUGCUUCUUUAUUGGCAGACUGGUAGCUGAACAUUCAGAAGCAACAAGGGGAAGAUAAUCAGAUUUACUGCUUUUAGCCGUUCAUAGUGAUUAUAAAGUGUAGCACAUGUUAUUCUGUUUGGUAGUUUAAUAUUCAGCUAAAAUCCUACACAUAAUACCUUUUAAGUAAAAUGAGCAUAAUGAUUUUUCUCAUGGUAAUGACGGAGAAACUUGUCCAAUUGUGUUUUUGUUUUUUUUACUGAAUUUGUGUUUUAAAAAACCCAAAAAAUAUUUUCUGGAAAAAAAAGUACAAACACUAUUACAAACUUUGAAUUUAUCAUGCUUUUUAAUUUUUAUUUUUUUGCUGUCUUAAAAGUGUAUACUCAUUGUGGGCAGUGUUUUAAGUAAUGUUUAAAUUUUGUUAAUUUAUUACCUAAAUGUUGAAAUAUUAAAACUUUUAAAACAUGACACUUGGUACGAACAUACAGUCUAUAUUUAAAUAUGAUACUUUGCAUGUGCACUAACUGUUGGAUUAAACUGCAUUAAAUUGAAAUAAAAUGGGUUUCAUGCCCAAAAUUACAUUUU